AGCUGGGCGGCCGUGGGCGGGGAGCCGGACGCAGGAGCGGGGCGCGCGCAGCCGGCGGACGAGUGCGGGUGUGCGGACCCGCGAGCCCGGAGCGCAGCGUCUAGGGGAUGCGAGCGGCGCGGAGCCGCCGCGCUGUUGUGCCGGGCGAACUCGAGCGGCAGUGACCUCAGCGAGGGGAGAGCGGGACGACGGCGGCCGCUCGCCCCGCGAGGAUCCUGGGGACCAGGGGUGCGCCGGGAACGGCGGCGGCGCGGGAACGCGGGGCGCAGACCGGGCGGGGCUGGGGGACAGUGAUGAACGGGCGCGCGGAGAGGCUGCACGCCGCCGCCGCCGCCCGGAGCAUUUGCCGCCCGAGCUGCAGCUCGCGGCCCGGGACCCGGCCAUGGAGACGCUGAACGGCCUCGCGGGCGGCGGCGCCCCGGAGGCGAAGCCGCUGCCGGCCGGCCAGCACCACCGCCACCAUCACCUCCACCCGCUGGCCGAGCGUAGGCGGUUGCACCGCGCGCCCUCGCCGGCCAGACCCUUCCUCAAGGACCUGCAUGGCCGGCCCCCGGCGUCCGGCCCGGCCCCGGCCGCCCCCUCAUCGGGCCGAGCCCAGGCGCCCGCCGCCCCUCGCUCGCCCAACCUCACAGGCAAAACGCCGCCUUCGCCGGGAACCCUGGCCGCGCCCGGCCGCCUCUCUCGGCGCAGCGGCGGCGCCCCUGGCGCGAAGGACAAGCCGCCGCCGGGAGCAGGGGCCAGGGCAGCGGGCGGCGCCAAGGCCGCUCCCGGCCCCAGGAGGGUGGCGCGCACGGCGCCCGCGGAGCUGCUGCCCCGGGCAGGGAGGCCGCCGCCGCCACCCGGGACCGAGCCGCUGUCCGCCGCUGCCAAGGGCCGCAAAGCCAAACGCGGUUCCGGGGCGCCCCCGGCCCGUGCCGCCGGGCCGCCGGUCUCCGCCGCCCCGAUCCCCGCCGUGAUCCUCGCCGUGACCUCAGCGGCCGGCUCUCCGGCUCCCGGCUCGCGCAUCAGCCACACGGACAGCAGCUCCGACCUCUCCGACUGCCCCUCUGAACCGCUGUCCGACGAGCAGCGCCUGCUCCCCGCCGCCAGCAGCGACGCCGAAUCUGGCACGGGCUCCAGCGACCGGGAACCGCUGCGAGGAGCCCCUACGGCGAGCCCCGCAGCUCGGGGGGCGCCGCCAGGCAGCCCCGAGCCCCCCGCGCUCCUUGCCGCGCCGCCCUCCGCCGGCGCCUGCCUCGGGGGUCGGAGCAGCCCCGGCGGGGUCCCCGCGGGGUCCUUGGGAACUGGUGUGGCAGAAGAUGCCGGGGGACGCGCGCCGCUGGAGCGAACGGUCCCCGGGAUCCCCAAGGAGCCCGGUCCAGGCGAGCCGACCCGACUGGUACCGGCGGCCGCCGUGGAGGAGGAGCUGCUGCGGGAGAUCGAGGAGCUGCGCUCGGAGAACGACUAUCUCAAGGAUGAACUGGAUGAACUCCGUGCUGAGAUGGAAGAGAUGAGAGACAGUUACUUAGAGGAAGAUGUUUACCAGCUGCAGGAGCUUCGGCGAGAGCUGGACCGUGCUAAUAAAAACUGCCGAAUCCUGCAGUACCGCCUCAGGAAAGCAGAGCAGAAGAGCCUGAAAGUGGCUGAGACUGGUCAGGUGGAUGGCGAGCUCAUCCGGAGUCUGGAGCAGGAUUUAAAGGUAGCCAAAGAUGUGUCUGUCAGAUUGCACCAUGAACUUGAAACCGUGGAGGAAAAGCGUGCUAAAGCUGAGGAUGAAAACGAAAGUCUCCGACAGCAGAUGAUUGAAGUAGAAAUAUCCAAGCAGGCCCUCCAAAAUGAGCUGGAGAGACUGAAAGAGAGUUCCCUGAAAAGAAGAGGCAGCCGGGAAACGUACAAAGAAAAGAAAACCUUUAACCAGCAGAGCGGUGGAACCGAGCGCCUUGGAAACUGCAGGUCUGCCACCAAAACUCAAAGGAAACCGGCGCCCCGGCGCAAGGAUGACAGUGCCGAUUUGAAGUGCCAGCUUCAGUUUGCCAAAGAGGAAGGUUCCCUGAUGCGUAAAAAGAUGGCCAAGCUGGGGAGGGAGAAGGACGAGCUGGAACAGGAGCUACAGAGGUACAAGGCCAUCUACGGUGACGUGGACAGCCCUCUCCCCACGGGGGAGGCGGGUGGGCCGCCCAGCACCAGGGAGGCCGAGCUGAAGCUGCGGCUCAAGCUGGUUGAGGAAGAAGCCAACAUCUUAGGCCGCAAGAUUGUGGAGCUGGAGGUGGAGAACCGAGGCCUCAAAGCAGAGAUGGAGGACAUGCGGGUCCAGUACGAGCGAGAGGGCGCGGGCCGGGACCACAUCCCAAGCAUUCCUACCUCACCCUUCGGCGACUCCCUAGAGUCCUCGACGGAGCUCCGCCGGCACCUGCAGUUUGUGGAGGAGGAAGCGGAGCUGCUCCGGAGGUCCAUAUCCGAGAUCGAAGACCACAACCGGCAGCUGACCCAUGAGCUGAGCAAGUUCAAGUUUGAGCCUCGGCCGGAGCCUGGGUGGCUGGCGGACGGCUCGGGCAAGGGCGUGGGCAGCGGGGCGCCUCUGCAGGAGGAGCUGAAGUCGGCCCGGCUGCAGAUCAACGAGCUGAGCGGGAAGGUGCUGAAGCUGCAGUACGAGAACCGGGUGCUGCUGUCCAAUGUGCAGCGCUACGACCUGGCCGCCCACCUGGGCCUGCGCGCCCCGAGCCCCCGGGACAGUGACGCGGACAGCGACCAGGGCAAGAAGGAGAGCGACGGGGAGGAAGGCCGCCAGCCCCAGCCCAAACGGGAGGGCCCUAUUGGCGGCGAGAGCGACUCGGAGGAGAUGUGCGAGAAGACGUCGGGCUUCGGCAGCGGGAAGCCGUCGGAGGCGAGCGAGCCGUGUGCGGCCGAGCUCCUUAGGGCCAGGGAGGACACCGAGUGCCUGGCCAGCAUAAAGCACGAGGCCGAGCGCCUCGAGCGCACCGUGGAGCGCCUCAUCACAGACACGGCCGGCUUCGGGGACGACGUGGUGCAGCAGGGCGGCGGCGAGGCCUCGCCGGGGUCUGGCGUCCAGGGGGCAGGGGAGACGGGCGAGGAGGGCAAGAAGGAGCCCCCGCUGCUGGGGACCAUCAACUCGAGGAUGAAGGCUUUCAGGAAGGAGCUGCAGGCCUUCCUGGAGCAGGUGAACCGGAUCGGGGACGGCCUGACAGAGCGCCUGGAAGGCCUGUCCCCCCUGCCCCACCUCUCGGAGUCUUCCAGCUUUCUCUCCACUGUGACCUCUGUGUCCCGGGACUCCCCCGUCGGGAACCUGGGGAAGGAGCUGGUCCCAGACCUGCAGUCCAAACUGAGAGGUCAGCCGGAGUGGCAGCCGGGUCAGGAGCGCGGGGAAGAGCCGGAACAGUUGCACCGCCGGGCCGAUGGGGACGCCGGGAGCUGCCGGCAGGCAGGCCAGAGCUACUUCAGCCUAGAGAUGGAGGAGGAGCACCUCUACGCCUUGAGGUGGAAAGAGCUAGAAAUGCACAGCUUGGCUUUACAAAACACCCUCCAUGAGCGAACCUGGAGUGAUGAGAGAAACCUGAUGCAACAGGAGCUCCGGUCCUUGAAGCAGAACAUCUUCCUUUUCUACGUCAAACUCAGGUGGCUGCUGAAACACUGGCGGCAAGGGAAACGGAUGGAUGAGGAAGGCGAGGAUUUCACUGAGAGCGAGCGUCCGGAGACCCUCCCCAGGCUCGGCGAGCUUGGAGUGCAGGGGGACCCCAAGGGGGACGUCCCCGACCGGGAGGACAGUGGUCCAGGCUGCGGCUUUUCGAUGGGAGAGCAUUCUCCACACUCCCCUGUGCAGAUUGGUGACCACGGAUCGCGGCUGCAGCCUGCGCACGCGGGCCAGCUCCACAAGCAGGUGGCGGAAAACCAGCCGCUGUUCGGCGCGCUCAGGACGCUGCUGGAGGACCUGCACGCCGAGCUGCGCGAGGACGAGCGUGCGCGCAGGCGGCUGCAGCAGCAGUACGCCCGCGACAGGGCCGCCUGGGACGUGGAGUGGGCGGCGCUCACGUGCCGCCUGGAACAGCUGGAAGAGAAGACGGAGAAGAACUUGGGAGAACCAGGCUCCUCCACCGACAGCAAAGGGGCCUUCAAGAAGGAGAGGGAGACACACCAGAAGCUCCUCGCCGACAGUCACGGCCUGGUCAUGGACCUGCGCUGGCAGAUGCAUCACAGCGAAAAGAACUGGAACCGAGAGAAGGUGGAACUCCUCGAGCGUCUAGACAGAGACCGGCAGGAGUGGGAGCGACAGAAGAAGGAGCUCUUGUGGAGAAUAGAGCAGUUGCAGAAAGAGAACAGCCCCCGGAGAAGCGGCAGUUUCCUCUGUGAUCCAAAAGAAGGCAACAUCCGCCCCUUUGCCCACCCGGGAAGCCCCCGCAUGCCCCGCCCCUUGGGGGUGUGGCCCUGCGCAGACACAGACUCCACCCCAUUUGAAGACCGGCCGCUGUCCAAGCUGAAGGAAUCGGACAGGUGUUCAGCACGGGAAAAUCUCUACCUGGACGCCUUGUCCCUGGAUGACGAAUCAGAGGAGCCUCUGGCCCGCGGGCCCCAGCGGGAGUUCAGGAACUGCCUCCCCCAGGAAGAAGAAAACCACAAGGGAAAUCUUCAAAGGGCUGUGUCCGUGUCCUCCAUGUCUGAGUUCCAGCGUCUGAUGGACGUCUCUCCUUUCCUGCCGGAGAAGGGCCGGCCGGCUGCCGGCAGCAAGGAGGACAUCACCCCGCCCCUGUCUCCUGAUGACCUGAAGUACAUCGAGGAGUUCAACAGCAAGAGCUGGGAUGAGCAUCCCCCAGAGCCCUGGGCAGACAGGACCGAGGUGGGGCGGGCAGGGAACGAGGCCAGCGCCGAGCCUUUCCCGGACUCCUCCUGGUACCUCACCACGAGCGUCACCAUGACCACGGACACCAUGACCAGCCCCGAGCACUGCCAGAAACAGCCCCUGCGGAGCCACGUGUGCGCCGAGCAGGCCGGGGUGCGGGUGCUGCACAGCCCGCCUGCGGUCCGGAGGGUGGACAGCAUCGCGGGGGCAGGUGGCGAGGCCAAGGGCCGCUCAGAGCCCGAGUGCCCGUUUCCCACUAGCAGAGCCAGGGGGGGCACUGGAGACUCCAAGGGGGGCCCCCCAGAACAUGUGCUUAGCAGGUGGCCCUGUGCCCCCAACAGGCACCCCCGAGACUACAUGGAAGGAGGGCUGCGGCCCCUCGAAAGUGCCCUCUGCGCCCCCCUGGGUUUUGCCUCCCCCCUGCACAGCCUACAGAUGUCCAAGAACAUGAGUGAUGACAUGAAGGAGGUGGCCUUCUCUGUCAGGAGCGCCAUGUGCUCUGGUCCCCCCAAGCCUCCUCUCAAGGACAUGGCCUGCCAGACCAACGGGUCCCAGACGACAGGGACACAGACCGUCCAGACCAUCAACAUUGGUCUGCAGACCGAAGCCCUGCGCAGCAGCGCCAUCACCAGCAGCCCCCACAAGUGUCUCACGCCAAAGGCGGGGGGUGGCGCCACACCCGCGUCAUCUCCUUCCCGCGGCCUUAGGAGCAGGCAGGUGGCUCCCGCCAUCGAGAAGGUGCAGGCCAAGUUCGAACGCACAUGCUGCUCCCCCAAGUACGGGUCUCCCAAGCUGCAGAGGAAGCCCCUCCCCAAAGCCGAGCAGCCAAACAGCAGGACCUCUCUGGGGCUGGCCCCAAAGGGGUGCAGCGAGUCGGCUUGGGCCCGCUCCACCACCACAAGGGAGAGCCCCGUGCACACCGCCAUCAACGAUGGCCUCUCCAGCCUCUUCAACAUCAUCGACCACAGCCCCGUGGUGCAGGACCCCUUCCAGAAGGGGACGCGGGCCGGGAGUCGGUCUCGCUCAGCAGAACCUCGGCCGGAGCUGGGCCCAGGCCAGGACACCGGCCCCAGUUCCCGGGGACGGUCGCCGAGCCCCAUCGGGGCUGGCUUAGAGACGUGGAGGGAGGACGGGGGAGAGGGCACGCCCUUGAGGCAGGACUUAUCUGCUCCCCCUGGCUACACGCUCACGGAGAACGUAGCUCGGAUCCUCCACAAGAAGCUGUUGGAGCAUGCCUUAAAGGAGGAGAGGAGACAGGCCCCCCACGGGCCCCCCGGUCUUAACAGUGACAGCCACAUGGGAGAUACGGUCAGAGCUGAACCAGGGUCCAUCGAGGAACUACCUUGUUCCGCACUAGCUCCAUCCCUAGAACCCUGCUUCUCCAGGCCCGAGAGACCAGCAAACCGUCGCCCUCCGUCCCGUUGGGCCUCACAUUCCCCCACUGCCUCAGCGGCUCAGUCACCCGGAGACCCAGCCUCCUUGGAGGAGCUCGGAGACGAAGAGCCGCCCGGGGAGAAGACGCACCUGUGACGAGAGUGCAAGUUUGCAUGGAUCAUCGGGGGAAUGAGUCCCUGUAAUUUGCAUAACCACACCGUCGUCAUCAACCAAGCUCCGCCCACAAGGAGAGAUGCAGCUUUCCCAAGGUCAAAGAAUGUUUUUUAAAACACACACAGCUGCUGAAUGUCCAACCUGUGAACCUGAGAUGUUUCUAGAACGAAACCGUAAACGUGCCUGUAAUAACUUAAUUUUUUUCAUAGCUCAGAAAACUAUUUUUGUCUCCAUCUUUUUUACACACGGUAUAUUAAACAAAAAAGCUAGGUAAGAUAUAAAUAAAUUUAAAAAAAUAAAAGUUUUAAAGAUGUACAUUUUAAGAGAUUCUGAACACCCUUGCGCUCAAUACUGACUGCCUCUCUGUUAAAUUUGCACUGUUAUGUUUUGGUUUGGUUUAUUUCCACGUUGAAUUAGAGUGUUUUAAGUUAAUAUUAUUUUGUCAGUGUUCUUGUUUUUUAAGAAUUUUUGAAAUGCUUCGGACUGUCUGAUUCAGUGAACUUUUUGUAGUGAAAAAGCCAUGAAGCUAGUCGACAAGACAGAUAUCCUCUCUACAGGAGGGGGUACACGUCAGCAUUUUUGCAAAGGUACAGAGUCCUCAGCUGGGCUUACCAAAUUCGCUAUAUAAUCCACAUACUCUACUCGACUUGCACGUCUUCGGGUUCGAAGCACUGGGGUGCAUGUACAUACUGCUGUGUGGUCUCAACCAACGCGUAAGUGUGAGUCAUCUGUCCCACCGUAACAUGUUGUGAAUUCCUCGUACUGUACUUUGAUCGUUGUCCUCUUGCACUGAGAUACAACGGCAAUGGCAUUUUUAAAUUAUUGUUAAAGAUGAACUGGCAGUAUACAGUGUUUACUCAAAAUUUUCUUGUUUAAGGAAAAGCACUACAAAAAGUCAGGAGGGUACCAAACUGGAUCAAAGGAUGGUGCCUCGGAGUCUGUAUGAGACAAUGAUGAAGUACAAAUAAAGCCUUUACAAGAUG